GACUUGAGAUGGUGAAACUCGCUCUUACCCUAUGCACCUCUAGGCGAUAUGCAAUGACGUGUGUUUCUGUCAACUGUUUUAGCAGGCAGAGAGCCUACAUAAACACACUCUAAAACAGCAUAUUGGCUGGCAUAGUGGAGUCAAGCUCCAAAGUUAAGUGACAUUUUCCCUGUGAUUUAUCCAAUCUAGACACAGUUAACUGUUUGGAAGGCGCUUGGAAGAGAACGCCCAAGUUCUAUUUCUAAUUGGCACUUCUGAAGAUUUUUGACACAAUGCCUAUAAUUGAAGGCGUGGGAGACGAAGUGAUUCAGUUCUUCAUUGUUAUUAUGUUAAUAUUAAUUGGAAUCAUAGCCUGGCGUUCUACUGGACUUUCAGAACGUCAAAUAAUCCGAACAGUGUUGAUACUGGAAAGAAGAAGUAGACAUCAAGUCUUAGCUGAAUUACCCACGUCCACUAGUACACCUUCAGCUGCAAUUGAAAAUAAUAUUGAUACUGGUCAAGAAACUUCCAGUUCUGAUGAAGUACCUGAAGAGGGUACUUCUGAUAAUCAUGCUAGACCUAAGGAAAAUGAUCACCCAACAGAAGCUGCUGGUUCAUCUCAAGCAGUUCAAAGUGAUGCAUGUCUGGAUCUUAAUAAUUCAUGUAGGCAGGAGUUGAAUGUUGAACUUGCUGCAGCUGUUAAUGAUUUGUCUUCUGAAGUUGGUAACCAAUCUAAUGAAGAACCAUUAUCAUCUGUGUUACGGCAAAGAAGGCUGGCUUUUUUCCAGAGUCGGCAAGAAACUCUUCUUGAUACCCCUAACACGAAUGAUAACAGACACUCACCCUGUGAUUCAGUUAGACAAAGUGAUUUGGAGGAAACUCUUGAAGCUUCUUCAAGUGAUAUGAAAACACCACUCCCUGGCAACAUUCGUAUUCGCCUCAAAUAUCUCAAUGAUGACCAAAAAUUGGUAGAAGGAAGGUUAGAGGAGCUCCUUGGAGAUUUCAAAAGACGCCAUUUUGGUAUAGAGCUUGCUGCUGACAAGCUUGUUCGCCUCAUUUUCAAUGGUCAAGUUCUGCAGCGUGAUUCUGAUACCUUGCAGUCUCUUGGUUUAUUUGAUAAUUGUGUAGUUCAUUGCUUAGUACAUCAGCAAAGAACAAGAUCUAGCAGCAACACCAACGGACGACCAUCUCGGCGUGGUUCAAGUACAGCUUCAGCCUCAGGUUCUAAUGCUGCCAAUGAAGCAGCAGCUCAGAGGGACUGGGAUUUGGGGAAUCUUUUGUUUUUCUCAUUGAGUGUUCUUUUAGGUAUAGCCUGGUAUUGUCGUUACCAAUAUGCAGCUUUAUUUAAUACGACUACCACUGUAGCUCUUGCAGGCAUGACAGGAGUCUUAGUUGUGUCAUUAGUGGGUUUGUACCUGCCUGAUCCAGAUUUUGUACGUCACUGACAUAACGAUUCUACCUGUUGCUUACCUGCCUGUUUCUGAGCUGAAAGUCAAUACUGCUGCUUGGGCAAAGGUCACUGCCUUGAUAUGUGUGAUGUGGACCAGCAAUAUACUGCAUUUGAAAAGAGUUAUAUACCAAACACAUCUUUGGAGAAAUCUCUGUGUAUGCUCUGUAAACAUGCUUUGAUGACUGGCCAAAGUGUAAUGUAAAAUUAAUAUGUAAAUAAGAGUACAGAAAUAAUUUAUUGUGUUUUCUUAAAUUUAUUAUAUAAAGCAGGUGCAAUACAGAGUAUUCAGUGAACAUGCAUUUUGAAGCUUUGUGAAUUCAAGUUAUUAAAUUCCUUGGUAUUUGAUAAGUAGAAAGUACUUAAACACCUUUUAGCAUUUUGCAAAAAAUGUAGACAAGUUCAGCAAUAUAGUGUAAGUAAAAUUUGUGCUCUAGGCAUUAAAUGUGAUGAUAAUUGGCUGGAAAAUUAAUAGGUCCAUGACCUUAAAUAGCACAAUGUCUCUGUUGCCAAUUAUUAAAAAUAACUUCAAGAGAAAUUUUGUUCAUUUUCCACAAGAAAGACUAAAACCACAAUUGUAAAGUUUGACACUAUUCUUUUUUUUUAAGGAAAUUAUUGAUUAACAUUAUGAUCAAAUUCGAAUAUCUUUUUAAGCUUUAAAAUGCAUUCACAUUUUCUUCCAAUAUUGAACAGAACAAAAAGUUGUUCUGAGACCUCUUGUACUUUUUAAGAAAAUACAUUUUUUAGAGCUUUCAGCUAAACAUUUGAUGAUGUACAUAUACUUUUUAAAUCUGUACAAUUACUUCUGUUAUUGUGGAUACAAAAUAAAGUUUAAUAUUUGGUUAUUAAUGCGUGAAUUCAAUAUUUAUUCACAAUUUUUGAAAAGAACAACAAAGUUCAGUAUCAAUGUGUUUUAUUUUAAGAUCAAUUUUUGAGCUUGUGGUGUUAAUUUUUUUACAUUAGUAAGAAUAAUGUUUAUGGUGUAUAAACAUUCUAAAGAAUUAUGGUACAUAAAAAUCAGUGAAAACUAGAAUGUAUAAGUGACAUUUUAUAAAUUCUGAGAAAAAAUUUAUUUUAGGCUAUAUUUCAGUUGCAAUCUGAUUUUGUUGUUUUAAUGAACAACUGAAAUGCCAUGGUUUUAACUGUGAAACAGAGCACCACGACUUUACAGUAAUAUUGAAUUAGAUAGUUUUUCUCAUAAUUUAUAAAAUGUCACGUUCACCAUUUUGGUUUUCACCCAUUCAUACAACCAUGUUCUAGGGGGAAAAAUUUGCUUAAAAUUGUUCAUUCUAAACAUCCUUUGUAAUAUAAAUCUCUGGUUUACUUUCUGCUCUGUGUUUUCUUAAACUAAAGAAUGUACUAUAUAUGCACCAUAUUCUGCCAUUUUAAACCAAAGUGACAGAAUGGACUGAUGUAUUCUAUCUACUACUUCAUAUUCUUCAAGGAUUUACUUUACUUGAUGUUUCUCAAGAAAUUUACCAUUCUUUACAAAAAAUCUAUUUUUAUAUUGGAAUUUUCAAAUAUUGAUUUCUCUGUCAAUUUAUUUCAAAUUGUAACUUUCAUCAGUUAAUGUACCACCAGUUUGGUUAAGAAAAGCUUUUGUAACUUCCCUAGCCUUUUCAGUAGCUAGAAGUGCAAUAUGUAAAUAUUUUUGAAUAUAAUGUAUAAAGAAAAAUGUAAGGUGUAUAAUAAACAUCUGAAUCAUGAAAGUUGACGUCUGUGACAAGGGACAGUUGAACUGAACCUAAAUUGAACUGCAAUAGAUUAAGCUAUACUUUCUAGUAUUAAGCUUUAUGUAAUAGAGCAAUUUCUUUAAUGAUACUUUUUUUACUGGUGCUCAGUAAUGCAUUUGUAAAUGUGAGAAAGAAGCAUUUCAGCACACAAUAAUGAAGGCAUAGAACACAGUUGCCAGUAUUUAGGGAGUGGCAUAACCUGAUGAAACUAACGAGAAAAUAUACAACUGUAAACAUUCACAAACGAUGUGAAAAGUUAUAUUACUAGAUAUGUUUUAUCUGCACAUAAUUAAACAUUAAUUUAGGGUGAUGUAAAAUUAUUUCACCACUUGGAAUUUCUAAAAUCAAACUUAACAAAACAGAUCAGAAUCGUAAUUAGUUAGAAACAAGAAUUUUUUGAACAAG